GGUAGAUCCUGUCAAAAGGGGUGCUCAGAUUUGAACAGGUUUGUCAAAUUUCAGGCUCUUUCUACCUACCUCUAAAGUGUCUCUGGGGGAAAAAAAUAUCAGGGCUUUUCCAUGUUGUUCAGUGACAUUAAUUUGGAUAGGAAGAGUAACAAUUCACUUAAUUUUCUUAAUGUAUAUAUUUUUAAGAUAUUCUAAUUUCGGAGGGGAGGAACGUCUAGAAACUCCUUCUGCUAAGAAAUUAACAGAUAUAGGAAUUAGAAGAAUCUUCUCUUCAGAGCAUGACAUUUUCCGGGAAAGUGUAAGGAAGUUUUUUCAAGAAGAAGUGAUUCCUUAUCACACAGAAUGGGAGAAAGCUGGAGAAGUGAGUAGGGAGCUUUGGGAAAAAGCUGGGAAACAAGGACUGCUCGGUGUCAACAUUGCAGAGCAUCAUGGAGGCAUCGGUGGGGACUUGUACUCGGCCGCUGUUGUUUGGGAGGAGCAAGCAUAUUCAAAUUGUACAGGCCCAGGUUUUAGUCUUCAUUCAAAUAUUGUCAUGCCCUAUAUUGCAAACUAUGGCUCAGAAGAACAGAUUCAGCACUUCAUCCCCCAGAUGACAGCCGGGAAAUGUAUUGGUGCCAUAGCAAUGACAGAGCCGGGGGCCGGAAGUGAUUUGCAAGGAGUGAGAACAAAUGCCAAAAAGGAUGGAAGUGACUGGAUUCUCAAUGGAAGCAAGGUAUUCAUCACUAAUGGGUGGCUAAGUGACAUUGUGAUCGUAGUGGCAGUCACAAAUCGUGAAGCUUGCUCUCCUGCCCAUGGCAUUAGCCUUUUUCUGGUGGAAAAUGGAAUGAAAGGAUUUAUCAAGGGACGAAAGCUACAUAAAAUGGGACUAAAAGCCCAGGAUACUGCAGAAUUAUUCUUUGAAGAUGUACGGUUGCCAGCUAGUGCUCUACUUGGAGAAGAGAAUAAAGGCUUCUAUUACCUCAUGCAGGAGCUUCCACAGGAAAGGCUAUUGAUUGCUGAGUUGGGAAUUUCAGCCAGUGAAUUCAUGUUUGAAGAAACGAGGAACUAUGUUAAACAAAGAAAAGCUUUUGGGAAAACAGUUGCACAUAUACAGACAGUGCAGCAUAAGCUAGCAGAAUUAAAAACACACAUUUGUGUAACCAGAGCUUUUGUGGACAGCUGUCUCCAGCUGCAUGAAGCGAAACGUCUGGACUCGGCCACUGCUUCCAUGGCGAAAUAUUGGGCGUCUGAGUUACAAAACAGUGUAGCUUAUGACUGUGUACAGCUCCACGGAGGCUGGGGAUACAUGUGGGAGUUCCCAAUCGCAAAAGCUUAUGUGGAUGCCCGAGUUCAGCCGAUCUAUGGCGGUACCAAUGAAAUAAUGAAGGAGCUGAUUGCAAGAGAGAUUGUUGGUGACAAGUAGACAUCUGCCCACAUCCUGGAAUCUGAUUACAACUAAUCUGGUUUUAAAUCUACUCGAGAUAAAAUGCAACCUGGAAAGGGAGGAAACACUAAA